AUGCCCCGCAGAACGGACAACCCCAAUCUUGCAAUCACUCCCAAUUUCCAAUCACCUGAAUACGCUGAAGCGCGCGCUCAACUCACUUAUGAAGCAGUCGAUGACCAACAAGCAGCAACAAUCCUAGCCAACCUCUGGCGCAUCCAAAACGAAGUAGACAAAUGCCACUGGGCGGUACGACUUGAGAACGAGGCCCAGGAAGCAGAGGCAGAGCGCAGAGAAGCAGCUGAAGAAGAGGCCCAACGCUUAUUGACGCAGAAAGCUGAGCAAGAAGCUGCCAUCCAAGAAGAACGCAAGAAGAAUAAAGCCAAAUACGCUCCAAUCAAGGACUCUGGCGAGUACUGUGAACUUUUCUACUUCACUAACAAUGGGCUUGAAGAAGCAUCGCGAUCCACCUUCACAGCCGAUGAAGACGCCCUUGUCAUGAUGCCAACGUCAGACGGCCUACACAAGUGGAUCCCCGCCAGCGCAGCUAGAGACCCCAAAGUGCAAGUUAUCAAGGACGAAAAUCUCACCUGGGAACAGUUCAACAAGUCGGCACCCCGCAUGAUCACUCUCAUGAAGGAGAACGACUGGCCGGACGACCAAAUCAACAUGCACAUCUCCUUCUGGUCUGCCCUGCAGAACCACAGAUGGCGCCAUGACUUUGACACCCACAAACAACGUGCCCUAUUACUGUACCAAGCGCAGCAACGCAGACGCUGGCACCUAGCCGCAGGUAGUUCCAACAGUUGGAGCCUAGCAAAGAUCAACCAGGACCUACUCCUCGAAGCUUGA